AAAGCUGAUUCUGUAAGUCCAAAGUAAAUCAACUAAAGAGCUUCGAACUUGAUUUUUUGUGUGUCAAGUAAUACAUUUUAUCUGAAAAGCUGCCAACAGCUACUGAAAAUGACGAUAAACAAGGACCCAGCACCCUUUGCCCAAAACUAAAACAUUUGUUAUCUAAGAAUCUUAAGAGAGCUAGUAACUAGAUACACUAUCGGAGCCAAAAACUGCAGAAGGCCUACAGACCUCAAGAGGACAAGAGCGACGCAGAAAAAAAAAUUAAUAGAAGAUCUGCACCAUUUUGUGCCAGUUUCUGCUGCUACAUUUGUAGAAACUUAGCUUCAUUGUGGCUCAUUGCCAGCAAAGAUAUCACUCCUGACAGGCAGAGAGAGGGAAGUGCCGCAGUCACUAUUAUUCCGGUCUUCUAUCUUUUCUGCAGCCGGGCCGUCAAAAUGUAUACAGGUGGCCAGUCACUGUGCAAGGCACAGAACGAAGCUCUUAUAAGAGACAGGCGAAUCUUCGUGGAGAAGCUACAAGAAUUCCCACAUCUUUUUCAGCUCGAAGAUUACUUUAAACUAACACUGGAACGAAAGAAGAACAUUUUAGAUAGGCUAAAUUCGGAAAGAAUAAAUGGCAGUAAUUAUCACGAACCAAAAGAGGUCACAUGCAUCUCUAAUUUCAUCGCCUUUCUCUUGUUUCUGACAAAAGAUGUUGAGACAGCAGUCGAUGAGACUGAAAAAGUGUUGGGAACACCGAACAAUGACACUAAUAUUGUAGCUUUGGCCAACAUGGCUGUAAUGAAGUGGGAAAUGGGGAAGAGGGUGGAAGGAGAAACCUUUGUUAAAAAAUUGGAGGAACUCCGUGGGCAGAGGAACUUUGAAGACAAGGUGAUAGACGCUAAAGCUGAGAUGGCCUACUGUUACUCCAGAAUGGGGAUGUCCUUUGCACCUAAAGCAGAAGACACUUUUGAAGAAGUCGUAAAGGCCAAGCCACACAACUACUUCUGGAAGUUUCGCCUGGCACUCGUUCUUAGGCGUUUCACACACUUUAAUUUCAGAAUGCACUUUGGUAUAUCUUCUGAUUUAACAUCUCAGAGGUCUCUGAGAGCCUUUGACCUUCUCUUGGAAAUCAGUAACAGCGACGCUCCAGAAGUACAAAGAGCACAGGCUCUGGUUGAACUUGGCAUGCUUCUGGAACAAGGGUGGAACGUUGACCUCUCGAGUGUCGUAAAAAAGGGAAAGAAAAAAGGUUUAACUGCUGGACAGUGCUACGAAAAAGCUCUCCAGCUAGCACCAGCAGAUGUUUAUGUGCUUCUAAGAUGUGGGAGAUUUUUCGAACUUCAAGACAAGCUGGAUCAGUCUCGAGAAGUACUUGAGCGCGCCAUCGCAAUCAGACCAACAACAACUGCCCAUCAUUACCUCGGGAACACAUUUAGAAAAAUGGCCGUUUGUGAACAGAAGAUUCCGUCAGCACAGGUUCACGAAGAAACCAGCAACAUAGAUUCCAGUGAGUACGAACGUUUGAACAGGAUGACGAUAACAGAAUGUAACGAGCCUCAUUCCACUCAGCAAACUAAUACUGAGACAACGGCAGCGUACCUGCACAUAAUACGUUCGCCAAAACAGCCACACUCACUAAAGCGUGAUCAGUACGUUGAGAAGGCAUUGGAUCAUUUUGAAAAGUCUAUAAAAUUGUCUUGCAAGGAAAAUUCUCCAGCUGUCUAUGAUCUAGGACUAUUGUAUGUGUCACUUGGUGAAGAUGACAAGGCUUUAGACCAGUUCUCUAUACUCAUUAAGGAGAUGCAAUCUCGAGCUAGCCCAUUACAAAUUAUUAAUGCCCACGAGCAGUCUGGACUCCUCUACAUGAAGAAAAGUUCUAGUGCUAACGACGAAAAGAAAAAAGAAGAUUAUGCCACUGAGGGCCGCAGGCUGCUGGAAGGCGCUCUACAGAUGCAGUGUCAGGUUGUGUUGUCACUUCCGGAUACCGUUCCUGACUUUAAAACUCUCUGGCCUUCAUUCUAUGAACUUUGCAAUGCAGGUAAAACCAGGUCAUCGCCCCAUUGUCAAAUGAAAGAGUUGGCUAAACUCUUUGAAAUGAUUAAGGAUUAUGCUAAAUGCCUCGAUGUUUUGGACGAAAUGUCUAAAUUUAGUCCCCAGGAAACAGCUGAUCCUGAGUUUCUAGAGCAACGACUAAACUGUUACGUUAACCUCAAGCGUUAUGACGAUGCCCUUCUCUUCCUCAGCAUGCUGGAAACAACCAAGGAAGAAGAACUAGUUCGUCAGUGGUCAGAUCCCCACCUUGCAAAACGAGUUCGUGUUAUGGCUGCCAGAGAAAAGCUUUUAAAAAAUGGGGCUCCACCAUCUGCUUCUAUUGAUGACAAAACAAUAAAGAGAUGCUUUGUCCAGGUAAUUCAAUCCGAAUUCUCCCAAACUGACGAAGAGACACAAAGGAAGUACGUAGACGAUGGUUGCAGCGAAAAUCUGGAGAGGAAAUGGUGGCACGUGAUGAUCCUUCAUGACCUCUAUGACGAUGAUAUGAAAGCUAAAGGUCUGACUAUCAAGAAAAUUUUACAAAACGUGUGCGGACUGCGUGUCACGUGCAUGUCAGACGAUGAUGACGUCAGACCUUAUGACCAUGAGCUCUGGACUAUCCACGAGAACGCUGAAAAAUCUCAGAUUUUCUUGGUACUCUGUGGCACCAAAGAUUUUUCCGAUGAGUUUUGCGACAAUUUCCUGCAUGUGCUUCCUGAAAUGUGUUCUGGGGACACCACAUGCAAGCCGAUUCUUGCUUUGCAGCUCGACAAUGUUCCGCGUCCUAAGAAGCUUCAUCCUCAUCGUUGGUUCCAAUGUCCACCUUCUCUCUUUGGUACUCUUGACCUUUACACUCCAAAACUGAUCGACGACAUCUGCAACCUGUUUUGUUUUAUAGUUGACAUAACUAUCGACACUGAGUAAUCUCUCUGAAAUAUAGCGUGUAUAACUCAUCUGGAAAGGCACUUUAUUUUUGCAAACUGCAAUCUGUUUUGUUUUCUAGUCGACAUUAACCAAUCUCUCUGAAAUAUCGAGUUUAUAAAAUAUGUGUUAAAGGAACUUUUUCUUUACAAACUUACAAAGCAUGGUGACAGAAGAAUCUUUGCUAAGCGCUCGUCAGUGGUCUCUUGAUCUCUACACUCACAGCAUCUUCUGUUUCACAGCCAACAUCUUGGACGGUGUUGAAACAAGGACUGAAGUCGGAUCAUAAGAGUUCUAAUGUGAUAAAUAUUUAUUCAUAUUUAUUUAUUAUAUUUAUAUUCACAGUAAUAUGUUUGUUUCGUACAAUCACUUUUAACAGGCAAACACUAUUAUUAUAAUCUUUUUAUGAAAUGUUAAUAUACUUUAGGAACAAGAAAGAGUUUUAUGCUAAGAGCAAAGUUCAAAAGAAACAAACUGUUUAUUAUGUUACUUUAGACGCUGAUCCAUCAAUACAAAAUGUUUAAACACCUACCAAGAGUCACACAAUAUACUUCUACAACCAUACAAGUCAUGCUGUCUUGGCAUAAAACAAAGGGGGUGUCAGAAUAAAUGUAUAAAUUUAUUUUAUUCUAAAACAUUUAGGUAUUAGUAUAUUUAUAUCCAAUAAAGGAAGAGCAACGCUCUGAAUUCAAUUGAUUAAAUAUUCACUGAAACCUCUCACUUAUGUAACAAAGUGGUUUCCCAAGUAAAAUAAAUAUUCCAAAAUACUAGUGAAUCACAUGUUGGAAAUGGGCUUAUUGUAAUCAGAACUAUUUUAACACAGACCAGAAUUGAUUUGGAAAAAGUUGAGGAGAAGGAUUAUAUCUUUCCAAAUGUCCGUGUCAAAUGUUUCUGCUCGCGGAGAAAAGAAAUAUAAUAACAGUGAUUAUAUUACACAGUGUCUUCAAAGUCAUAUUGUUUGAAGGUCUAGGACAUUAGUAGACCAUCCUUAAUAACCGUAACCUAUAUUUGACAUUGGUUUGUUUAAAAAUUCAUGUACUGCGUGUUAUAAUUAAAAUAUUUGUAAUCUAUUGUUACAGGUUUUGACUUGAAAAACUGUUGGUGUUCAGCAAAAAAGAUUAAUAAAGGUGUUUUAUAUUUGUGUUUUUAAACAGUUUGAUCAAAUUUCCAGUUUUCUAUCACUAGUUAAUUAAAAACUUAAGUGUUGCUUUCAUCUCAUUUCCCCUCUGAGAAAUAAAAUUAAUAAAAGAUAAUUAUACCCAAAGUUGGUAUUCUACAUUGGAUAUAACAUAACAGAAACACUGUCUACAAUUGUAGGUGAUACAGACUGACAAUCAGAAAAAACACGUUCCAUGGUUAGCAUUGUGUAUUGGCAUAUUAAUAUGUUUUAGCAUAAUUAUUAUAUAUACAAUAUGAAUUUAACGUAUAAAGAAAAUUCUGUACAGAUUAAAUCAGCGAAAGAACUUUUAUGUCAAGUAAUACAUUUUCAUCUUAAAAGUCGUCAAGAUGCUAGCUUAAACUUCUUUUUGUACUUUGUGUGUGCGGUUGAUUCAACAAUAAUUUCCAUGGGCUGUAUUGAAGUUUUCUUUAAUGUACAACAUUUUUAGUGUACAUUGUUUUGAUGUGCAUAACUGUAUUCAUUUAAGAGUUUAUAUAUUUGUGAGUGGUUAGUAGAUAAAUAUAGCUAGGGGAAAAGGAUCGUCUAUCUUCAAACUUAUCACUAAAUACACAAAAAAUAUGAAAUUAUAGGAAAAUCAAGAAAAAUAUAGAAAAAUGGAGAAACUAUUUAAUAAGAAUGUCAUGAAUCUACAAGCUUUAAUUCCAAAUACAUGUACUUUCUUCCUGUGAAUAUAUUAAUUUUGAAUUAUGAAACUUUACAUAAUAAAUUGCCUGAAUAUUC